AUGGAAGUUGGGAAACGGAGGACGAAACAAAACGUACGGUCGGGUUCGUUGGAAAGAGAAAUUUCCCGCCAAAACCUAGGAGUGGAAAAACCGGUAAAAAUCAAGCGUGUUUCCACUGCCAGUCGCCUGAACAUUUUCGGAAAGACUGUCCAUUUAAAGAUCUUUGUCAACGCUGCUGGCAAAAGGGCCAUACAGCACCAUCUUGCCAUGCUCCAAGCCCUCGCCCUUCGCCGUCUUUAAACUCCAAGGCGGCUGGGAACAAUCGUCAGCAAAAAUAAAUUCGUUCUCAGCCGCGAAGAAAUUUAUUACACUAACUGGUACAGUGGUUCAGUCUGGAAGCAGAGAGUUCAAGCAUGAGUUUAUUUGUGAUUCUGGAGCAGAGGUUUCAGUUAUUCCAACGGCGUUAGCACAAGAACAUUACAUGAAAAUUCAACCAACUACACGUCACGUAAAGAUGGCUAAUGGGACACACGCAGAAUGCAGAGGUGUGGUUCAAACAUCAGUUACGGUAGGGACAAAUAGUUGUAUAUUGAGUUUUUUUGUGGUAAGUGGUGUUCAAAACGGGAUUCUGGGCUUGGACUCUUUGGGAAAAUUGGGUGUAUCGUUGAACACAAGAAAAAAAUUGGCAACAAUAGAUGGGGCCCAACCCGUGUUACAACCGGAAGUAGAUACCCCUCAGGAAAUACUAAAGUGUUGCCACAUACGAGUUGCGGAAAGUCGUGAUAUUAAGCCAUUUGAAGAAAUAUUCAUUUGGGGUAAAUUGGAAAAUAAGAAUGAAAAAUUUACUAGAGAUUCGUAUAUCGAAGGUACGGAACAUUUUCAGCAGAGAACUUGGCUUCUUACAGCCCCGAUAAAGAUUUCGGCAGAAAUGAUGAACGAUGAAAAUAAAAUCCCCAUAUGCGUACUGAAUACUACUGAUAAAUCAAUCAGAGUUUAUACAGAACAAACUGCGGCCACAAUUCAGGAACUGCCAAGUACCCACAACAUAGCACAUAUUUCAGAGUCAAAUAUGGGGGGAAAUAAUCCAUCAUCACAAUAUGACCCAGUCCCAGAAGUAUCAGUUGGUGAACAAUUGACAACACAACAAAGAGAAAACCUAGAAGUUUUAAUUCGAAAAAAUACACAAGUUUUCGACUACCCAGGAAACAGUGGGUUCACCACAACAAUAGAGCACACAAUACCCACAGCCGUAUCUGAUCCAAUUGUGUGCCACCCCAGACGACACAACCUGGGGUUAACACAAAAAAUUAAUGAAGCAGUAGGAAACCAUGUAAAGUCGGGACAUUUGACACCCUCUAAGUCCCCUUGGGCAUUUCCAAUUGUACCUGUAUUGAAACCAGAUAAAACAGUUCGAUUGUGUGUAGACUACAGACCACUUAACAAAAUUACCCAGAAUGACCCAUAUCCAACUGGAAAUUUGCAAGAGGUUCUAGACAAUCUAUCAGGUGCUAACUAUUUUAGUGUUAUUGACUUGGCCCAAGGUUAUUUGCAGGUCCCACUGGCCAAGGAAGAUCGACCAAAGACAGCAUUUCGAUCACCUACUGGGUUUUGGGAAUGGACAAGAAUGCCAUAUGGUUUAAAAGGAAGUCCGGAAACUUUUUCUCGGUUGAUGCAGAAGGUUCUAGGACACAUUCCACCACAUCGGUUGGCAUUGUACAUGGAUGAUAUCUGUAUUAUUAGCAAAACGUUUGAGGAACAUUUAGUAAAUCUCCAGGGAGUAUUUGAUGCAUUGCGACAGCAUGGAUUACGAGUUAAAGCUAAGAAAUGUGCUUUCGCAAUGAAAGAAGUGAAAUUUCUUGGACACAAAGUUUGCAACAAGGGUGUGCAGCCAGAGGAACAUAAAGUAAAGGCAAUUCGUGCAUGGGUUGCACCAACUUGUCUUAAAGAGGUGCAAAUGUUUUUGGGUGCAGUUGGGUGGUAUCGGAAGUUUAUCAAGGAUUUUAGUACAAUUGCUCGACCAUUAACAUGGCUUUUGGAGAAAGAUGUCACAUUCACUUGGGGUAAGGAGCAAGAUGAUGCAUUCAAUACACUAAGACAUGAGUUGGUUAAAGCUCCAGUAUUAGCCCAUCCUGACCCCACUCGACCCUUUGUUGUUACCACGGAUGCAAGUAAAGUGGGUCUGGGUGGUGAACUAUCACAAGAAGAUGCACAAGGACAAUUACAUCCGGUUGCAUAUUUCAGUCGUGCAUUGACCAAACGAGAACGUUCAUAUCCAACUUAUGACAGAGAAGUGAUGGUGUGA